AUAGUGUCCCAUCACUGUGUCAGUGGGAGGAAUAGUGCCCCAUCAUUGGUGUCAGUGGGAGUAAAUAGUGUCAGUGGGGGGAAUAGUGCCCCAUCAUUGGUGUCAGUGGGAGGAAUAGUGCCCCAUCAUUGGUGUCAGUGGGAGGAAUAGUGCCCCAUCAUUGGUGUCAGUGGGAGGAAUAGUGCCCCAUCAUAGGUGUCAGUGGGGGGAAUAGUGCCCCAUCAUUGGUGUCAGUGGGAGUAAUAGUGCCCCAUCAUUGGUGUCAGUGGGGAGUAAUAGUGCCCCAUCAUUGGUGUCAGUGGGAGGAAUAGUGCCCCAUCAUUGGUGUCAGUGGGAGGAAUAGUGCCCCAUCACUGGUGUCAGUGGGAGGAAUAG